GUCUCUCUCUCUCUCUCUCUUCUUUACUUUGUAUUGUUUAGGAGUGUUGUUUGGUACUGGUAAGGAUGAGUUACUUGGGUGUUGGUGUGAGUCCUGGGAAUGUUCCAGUGUACCACGGGAGCAAUUUAAAGGUUGUUGAUAGGAGGGUGAGGCUUGCAGAGUUGGUCUUGAGGUGUGUGAUCUGUGGUUUGGCUGUUCUUGCUGCUGUUUUGGUGGGGACUGAUACCCAGGUCAAAGAGAUCUUCUCAAUCCAGAAGAAAGCUAAAUUCACAGACAUGAAAGCUCUGGUCUUUUUGGUGAUAGCCAAUGGGUUAGCAGCAGCCUACUCACUGGUCCAAGGGUUGAGAUGUGUUGCGGGUGUGAUUAGAGGAAGUGUACUCUUCAAUAAGCCAUUGGCUUGGGCUAUUUUCUCUGGUGAUCAGCUGAUGACAUACUUGACAUUGGCGGCCGUGGCGGCUGCUGCACAGUCUGCAGUGUUUGCCAAGUUAGGGGAGCCAGAGCUGCAGUGGAUGAAGAUUUGCAAUAUGUAUGGUAAGUUUUGUAACCAGGUGGGGGAGGGAAUAGCCAGUGCACUAAUUGUUAGCCUUAGCAUGGUGCUCCUUUCUGGUAUAUCAGCUUUUAGUCUGUUCCGAUUGUAUGGGAACGAUAAAGGCAAGAACAGUGCAAGAUGGUAGAUUAGAUCACUACAAGUUCAACUGAAGCUGCUAUCUUCACUGUAUCUUAAGCAUGAAGAUGUUUAACUUAAUGGACUAUUGAAAUAUGUGGAAAGAAAGUGGGCUAUUAACUUUUGGGUUACAAUAAAAAAAAAUUCGAGUUUCUAGAGUCCGUUGCUUCCGUAUGUUGAUGCAUCCCAACAACCACAAGCUGCAACUAUUGGAUAUAUAUAUGUUCUUACAUUUUAUCAUGUCAAUGCAGCUGCUCAUGAUCUUAAUAAGUCAUGUUUUUGUAUGACAACAUCAGAAGCUUAAGAAUCAUAUUGAUUGGCACUCAAAAUUGAUCUUUUUAUGACUGGCACACCUGGAGUUCAAUAUGGCCACAUAAAUAUUAUCAGUUUCACGGGGAACCCUGCCGCAAAUUUGUUACCCAUAUCUAUUCUCUCUUCUGUUGUGAAUCCUCUUGCCAUUGAUGGAUCUUGUGAUAUGGAUUCUCUCUGUGCUCCUG